AUGCUAUUACAGCUGACACUGCUCUGCCUGACAGCUUCGGCAGCAAUAGCCGAGAGGUUUCCCGUUGAAAUAGCUCAGUUCGAUGCGGUACAGCACACAGCACAGCAUGCAAUCCGGCAGGAUGUCGACGAGAGUUAUCGUCUACCAACGGAAACGGUUCCCAGCCACUACACCAUCAAUCUGUGGACGGAGGUCCACGAAGGUAAAGUGGACUUUCACGGUAGUGUAAAAAUUGUCUUGAAGGUAGUUGAAACAACUGAUACGAUAACUGUUCACAAUCGCGGUUUGAGCAUUACGUUUGCUGUACUGAAGCGAAUAGAGGAAGAUAGCUUCUCUAUCGUCGAGGAACCAACUUGGAGCAUUGAUGUGCAGAGAGAGUUACUUAUUUUCCAGUUCACAUCACCGUUGGAACUAGGCAAUUAUGAAUUAACAAUAACGUACAAUGGUCGACUUCAAACGUCCACUUCCAGUGGAUUUUUCCGCAAGUUAUAUAGGGAGGAAAACAACGUCCAGAGAUACAUCGCUUCGACUCAGUUUCAACCAACCUAUGCUCGAAUGGCGUUUCCGUGCUACGAUGAACCGUCACUGAAAGCCACCUUCACAGUUUCAAUCACUCACCACAGCAGCUACAAUGCGGUUUCGAACAUGCCGCUGGACGGUGAACCGGUACCGGAUAUCGAGAGUCCUGACUUUGUCACGACACAUUUCCAACCGACGCAGAUUAUGUCCACGUAUCUAUUGGCGUUUGCUGUUACGAACUUCGAAACUAAAGAAGCCGCGAAUCAGCAAAUUCACGCACGACCGAAUGCGAUUGAGCACACGGAGUUUGCUCUACAAGUAGGCGUCGAUAUCCUGUACGCUUUUAAUGUUUAUACCGACAUUUCGUACUACAACUACAAGCCGCAGAUUGCACAGAUUGCUAUUCCAGAUUGGGGUACUGGGGCGAUGGAGAAUUGGGGUCUAGUAACCUAUGGCGAACCGGUUCUUCUGUUCGACCCAACCGUCAACACCUAUCGUACCAUGAUCGAUAUUGUCACUAUUAUCGGACACGAAUCAAUUCACGCCCAUCAAUGGUUCGGGAACCUGGUUACCGCCGAUUGGUGGCAGUACAUUUGGCUUAACGAGGGCUUUGCUACGAUUUACGGGUACCUCGGGGCACAUCUGGCGUAUCCAGAGGAUAACUAUUUGAGCCUUUUCCAGCCUCACUACGUUCUACCGACUCUUCGGUCAGAUUCAAGCGAUUCAACCCGUCCCAUGAACUGGAAUGCGGCCACACCCGCGGAAAUAUCUGCACUGUUCGAUGGGGUUGCCUACGGCAAAGCCGGUUGCGUUCUUAACAUGUUCCGUGUGGUCUUGGGUGAGGACAGCUGGAGAGCUGGAAUUAAAAAAUAUCUACAAAGUCGAGCAUUGGCAACGGCCACUCCCGAUGAUUUGUACACUGGAUUACAAGAGGGCCUUUCCGAUGAGCUUUCGACGCUUCCGGAAGGUAGCACUGUGAAAGAAACCAUGGAAAGCUGGACGACGGCUGCCGGGUAUCCGGUGUUAAACGUUCGCCGGAACUAUCUGAACGAGGAUGUGCUUAUAUCUCAGGGGCGAUUUUUCGCUGACAGAGUAUCGACCAAUGAUCACGUUUGGUACAUUCCGUACAACUUUGCUCACGAGGGUGACGCUAGUUUUGAACUCAACUCCUUCGAUUGGCUAACGACACGAGCCGCAAGAUUGACGAUCGAUGUGGAACCUGAACAUUGGCUGCUUUUCAACCGACAGCAAUUCGGAUUCUAUCGAGUUAACUACGAUUCCCGAAACUGGCGAUUGCUCACUGAUGCACUGACUGCCUCGUCGGCGAGUUUCCAUCCUCAAAACCGUGCCCAGCUGAUUGAUGACGCUUUUUACCUGGCACGUGCAAAUCAGCUGGACUUUAGUGUUGUUCUUGAAAUGAUGUUCGCACUUCGCAACGAUCACGAAUACCUGCCGUGGGCUGCCGGAAACAACGUUCUAACCUAUCUGUACAACAAACUUCGAGGAACGGAUAAUUAUGAACCGUUUACGUUGUACGUCAACGAACUGAUCAAAGAAAUCUACCAAACUCUAGAAAUAGUCACGGUUGAUGAAAACGAAUCACUCCAGCAAAAAUACAUUAAGCAAACGAUAUCAUGGUGGGCGUGUAAGAUCGGCAUGGCCGAUUGCCUUACGAAAACCAAAGAAACCCUACAAGAAGCUGUUCGAGGAAACGUGAUCGUGCAUCCGGAUGUAUCAUCGAUUGUCUACUGUUACGGCGCACAUUCGGCAACGGAUCAAGAAUUCGUAUGGUUGUACCAGCGAAUGUUCAACUCUAAGAAUCCAGCGGAGAGAACCCUUCUGAUCGACGCAAUGGGUUGCUCACAACAGAAUAAUCAGCUUACGGCUUUCCUAGAAACAUCGCUUGGUGCUUGGGCAGUAGUUAACUACUACAAUAGCGAGCGUACACGGGUUGUUCAGGCCGUCUAUUCGGGUAGUCGAACCGGUGUAGAUGCUCUCAUCGAGUUCCUCAACAACUGGGACACGGCAAACGAAGUCAUCAAUCGGCUAGGACAGCCCGUCUUCAACAAUGCAAUAGCAGCAAUCGCAUCGAGGACCAACACACCGGAUGAGCUAAGCCGGCUGAAGGAACUGUUCGAUACGGUCCAAUCGUUGGCACCGGUUGCGGUCAUUGAAGCGGCACUGGCAACCGUACAGGCUAACUUCGACUGGCACGGUAGCCUAGAGGGGUUGAUUGUGGCCGAAUUUCUAAAGAUUUUUUUCAAUGGAAACAAGAUAUAA